AACUUCUAAAUGCCCAUCAAAGAAGGUAUUAAUAACCUGAUUUAACAUUGCGUUGCUCAACAGUCACUGUCUAUAUCAACCUGCGGCUGUCCGAGUCACUUUUGUCUUUUCCGAACUUUCUAAUGUUUCUAAGUUUCUAGGCUACCCUUUUUCACGAUAUAAACCAGCGUGGACUUCGAAUCCUAAUGUUACUUUUGCUCUAAGUAUGACCUCGCCUCACUGUUGCUGUAAGGAGUCUACAAAUCAAGGGCGGGUAACUCUAUUUUCACCGCUCUCGAAGAUUCGCGAAGUGAAAUCGAGAAAAAGUUGUUGAGAACUUCAGACAUGCUUCCUGUCAUCAAUCAACAGAGACCAGCUGGAACAUGUUAAGGGUAGUGAGGUAGCCUGGAGGUUGAAGUGUUCGCUUGUCCCACCGAAGACCUGAGAUCGAUUCCCAGCAUGGGUACAAUGUGUGAAUUUGUCCGCUGGUUGCUAUGACAACUGCACCUAACGAUGUAUGAGGUGAUUGUUCUCAAGGAAGGUUACAGCAUCACAGAUGGGCCAGGCCACCAGAAGGCCUGUGGCAGUAUCACGCUGCUGCGGGGUGAACACACCAUCCUCGUCGAUACAGGGAAUCCCUGGGAUAAAGACCUCAUUGUUGAAGGCUUGCAUAAGAACGGUUUAACUCCAGACAAGAUUGAAUAUUGUGUGUGUACCCACGGACACUCGGAUCACGUGGGGAACUUGAAUCUCUUCACCACUGCAAUACACAUAGUGUCGUACGACGUGUGUGUCGGGGACCAGUACAUCAUGCAUGACUUUCAGCAGGGGAUUCCCUAUGAAAUAGAUGAGCAUGUGGAGGUCGUCCCGACCCCGGGCCACACAGGCUCUGAUGUGUCAGUCAUCGUGAAGAACACAGCUCUAGGGACGGUGGCAGUGACAGGAGAUCUGUUUGAGAGGUUCGAGGACCUUGACCAGCCCCACCUGUGGCAGGACAACAGCGAGCAGCCAGAACAACAAGAACAGAGCCGGAUCGCUGUGCUCCGCCGAGCCGACUACAUCGUGCCCGGCCAUGGACCAAUGUUCCAGGUGCCGGAGUACUGCAAGAAGCAGCUGAGGGUGGUGAUGGUGUGUGAGGAGCACAUGGAGGCGGACAUGUUUGUGGGCAACCUUGUGUCCCAGGACUACAGUGUGUGGGAGGAGGAGGAGGACUAAACACCUGGCAACAACAUCCUUUACAGACAGGGUUAUUUGUGAGAUGAACUUCACUUGAUGACUGAUUAUGCCACGACACAUUGUCCACUAGCUUCACACAUCAAUCUGUCCAGGUGGAAAGAUGUGGUUGACAUGUAAAUCAAGAAAUUGGUUAUAGCUAUAGAGAUGGUUACAAGCUAUAGAACCUUUGAACAGAAAAUUACCUGUUUUACUACAAGAAUUGAAAAUUCAGACAUUAUUCAUUAUAGUCUUCAAGAACCAUCUCUUGCCAUCUGUAUUACUUGUCCAUAUGUUUCCUUCGUCCAUUGUUUGAUAUCUUGGUCCUUCGUUUGAAACCUUGGUCCUGCCUAGGUACGUGUACCAGAAGUACUUUCAAAGUCUGUAUAAACAGUAUCAGCCCUACAUCGGUAGGGUGCUGUAUAUCUUUGUCAAGUUAUUGUUGGUCUGGAAACACUGCCCUUUGAACAAUGACUGUUGGCAACAGUUGUGUAUAUAUAUACAAAUAUAUUUCCAAAAUCUGUUAAUUAGGAUGAUUUCACUAGAAAAGGUAUCUGGCUUAACAGGGUGGUACCUCGUACCUGAACCUGUGUUUGUUCAAAGUAGAAGAAUAUAAAGUGGAUACAUGCCCUGAGAGACUCUCUCUGUGGCACAUGUGGUUCAUUGAGAGACACUCUCUGUGGCACAUGUGGUUCAUUGAGAGACACUCUCUGUGGCACAUGUGGUUCAUUGAGAGACACUCUCUGUGGCACAUGUGGUUCAUUGAGAGACACUCUGUGGCACAUGUGGUUCAUUGAGAGACACUCUCUGUGGCACAUGUGGUUCAUUGAGAGACGCUCUGUGGCACAUGUGGUUCAUUGAGAGAUGCUCUCUGUGGCAUAUGUGGUUCAUUGAGAGACACUCUCUGUGGCACAUGUGGUUCAUUGAGAGACACUCUGUGGCACAUGUGGUUCAUUGAGAGACGCUCUCUGUGGCACAUGUGGUUCAUUGAGAGACACUCUCUGUGGCACAUGUGGUUCAUUGAGAGACACUCUCUGUGGCACAUGUGGUUCAUUGAGAGACU